AUGGACCAAGAAGAAGAGCCAGUAAUCACAAAAGCAAUGGUCGAAGAUAUGCAGUAUCACAGGGACAUCGAGCGGACCCUCUUUUCUGUCGCCGCAGAAGACCUCGUUGCCUUCGUUCAAGCUCAAUAUCAUCAAGAUUUUCUGAUGCAUCAAGAAGGCCCGAAUCCUUUCCGCCGCGAAUCUUCCUGUGUCAUAAGCUAA